GGCGCAGAGAGCGGAAGGUUGUGUUUCCCGAGUGAAAGCGGCGCAGGAGGGCCCGGCACACACACAAUUAGCGCUAUUAGUCAGUGCGCGUGUACCAGGCUGCGGAGAGAGGGGCCACAGGGUGUCACAUAUCAGACAUGCAGCAGCCCGACCCCUUGGAGCCGGACAGGGAGAAGAGAUACGCGCUGCUCUUCAGCCAACUGGACUCCAACCGGGACGGGAGAGUUGAUAUCCACGAGCUGAGAGACGGACUCCGAGCCUUGGGCUUCACUCCCUGUCAUAAUGCUGAGCAGGAGAUCCUGCGCGUCGGGGACACUGACCAGGACGGCCAAUUGGAUUUCGAGGAGUUCACCCGUUAUCUGGUGGAGAGAGAGAGGCGCCUGCUGAUCAUGUUUAACAGCCUGGACCGCAACAACGAUGGUCACAUCGACAUCUCAGAGAUCCAGGAAUGUUUCCACGGCCUUGGCAUUAAUAUCACAUUGGCACAGGCCAAGAAGGUUCUGCAGAGUAUGGACCGCGACGGAACCCUCACCAUCGAUUGGCUGGAAUGGAGAGAUCACUUCCUGCUCAACCCCCUGCACAACAUGGAGGAUGUUAUCACUUACUGGAAGCAUUCCUCUAUGCUGGAUAUCGGGGAAUCACUGGCAGUUCCAGAUGAAUUCUCCAAAAAAGAGAUCCGCUCUGGAAUGUGGUGGAAACAGCUGCUUGCAGGUGGGGUGGCUGGAGCCGUAUCAAGAACUGGGACAGCACCCCUGGACCGGCUUAAAGUCCUUAUGCAGGUUCAUGGCUCACAAGGUUUAUCCAUAUUUCGGGGUCUGCGAGUGAUGAUAGAGGAGGGAGGUGUGCGUUCGCUCUGGCGUGGGAAUGGGAUUAAUGUGCUGAAGAUCGCCCCUGAAUCUGCUAUUAAAUUCAUGGCAUAUGAGCAGAUAAAGAAGCUGAUUCGCGGACAGCAGGAGAAUCUGCGAGUCAGAGAGAGGUUUGUCGCUGGUUCAUUGGCCGGGGCCAUUGCUCAGACUGCAAUCUAUCCAAUGGAGGUGUUAAAGACGAGGAUGGCUCUUCGGCGGACCGGCCAAUACUCGGGGAUGUCAGACUGCGCCCGUCAGAUCCUGAAGACUGAGGGCAUCAGAGCAUUCUUCAAGGGCUACAUUCCCAAUCUGCUGGGCAUUGUGCCCUAUGCGGGCAUUGACCUGGCAGUAUAUGAGACACUGAAGAACACCUGGUUACAGAGGUACAGAGCCAGCAUCAGUGCUGAUCCUGGAAUCCUAGUGUUGCUGGCGUGUGGCACAAUAUCCAGCACGUGUGGCCAGAUCGCUAGUUACCCGCUGGCACUGGUCAGGACGCGAAUGCAGGCACAGGCCUCUGUGCAGGGGUCCCCGCAGCUCUCCAUGGUGGCCUUAUUCCGUCACAUUGUGGCAAGGGAGGGCUUCCUGGGCCUUUAUCGAGGCAUCGCCCCAAAUUUCAUGAAGGUGAUACCCGCCGUCAGCAUCAGCUACGUGGUCUACGAGAACAUGAAGAGAUUGUUGGGGGUAACGAGUCGGUGAGAGAACAAGCUGCCUACUGACCCCCCCCGCAACAUUCAUGGAUAAUCACCCCCUGAAUCCCUCGUGCCCAGUAACAGGCACCCUGAAUCAUCCUAAUUUCCCAGGAACACUCCAAAAGAGCAAGUCAGCCCCAAAUGGGACUAUUAACCAAUCCAGUUCCACCAUUCCCUUCCUCAUGGCUGAGCCGCAGAUCAAACCUUAAUUCAGGGUGUUUGGGGGAGUUUUUUGCUCUUUGCACAGACUUUCUCAUGCCACAGGUCACUGAUAUUAGAGAGUGGGGGGGCUACAUUAUCUGCCCAAGUCCCCCCACCUCAUCCGCAUUGGAUCGCAAUGUGAAACUAGAAAAUGAUUGUAUAUUUUGCAUGGCUUCCUACGUUUAUCCAAAGCACAGGGACCAAACUUGCUGCCCUCCGGCCCUUUGUGGAAUAGGCAAAGGAUGCUGGGAGUUGCAGCCUGCAAAAGCCGAGGGCUCGCAAAUUGGACACCUGUUUUUUUUUU